AUGGAUAACAACAAUGUCAAUAACAAUGAUGAUGACAUGAUAGUCCGCACAGAUUCAGAAUCUGAAGCGAAGCUGAUCCUCGAGGAAUCCGAGGAAUCCCUAACAAAAGUCAGCUAUCCCCUGAUCGGGUUCAACGGAUCCGCAGCGAUUCCCCAAGGAAAGAUCACCCUACCUGUCAUGAUUGGCGAAUGUCAAGCAGCAAGAACCCUCCGAGACAAAUUCCUGGUGAUGGAUUGCGAUUCAGUAUACAAUGUUAUCAUGGGACGAACCAUGAUUCACAAGAUGCAAGCAAUCCCAUCCACGUACCAUCAAAUGAUGAUAUAUGUCUCGGAAGCAUGCUUCGCCGAGCUAGUUAGGAGUGACCAAGAGGUCGCAAGGAGAACUUGCCACAACGCCAUCCGAAAGCAAAGGCUAGGGGGCGGUUCUGAGGAUGAAGAAAGCAAGAGAAAUCCCUCGAGAUAG